ACUUAGGUUCUUGGCCCAACACCUACACAUUCACUAAAGCUGUGGCCGAAAAUGUUAUCAAAACCGAAGCUCAAGAUAUGCCAAUUUGUAUCGUCAGACCGGGGAUUGUGGUAGGGGCACUCCAAGAACCUGCACCAGGUUGGCAGGACGCAAUUCAAGGUAUCACUGCCUUUUUCAUAGGCGCGUAUCUAGGUUUGAUACAUUGCCAACUAGCCGAUACUAAACCUAUAUACGUGAUACCAUCUGAUUACACAGCAAAUAUUAUUUUGGCGGCUGCGUGCUACGCAACAGAGAAAAGUUCCCUUCCACCGAUCUACAACUAUACAGGUUCUGAGAAAAAUCUCUUAACGAAAACUAAACUGUACGAGUAUGGAAAAGUAACAGCAAAACUCUACCCCAGCGCGCACGUCAUUAAUGUCUGCUUCGUGAUUUCUACCACAAACAAGUACUAUCUUAAAUUCCUCCAAUUCUGGCUUCAUCUCGUACCAGCGUAUAUUGUGGAUCUGAUUUGCCUGUGUCUUGGAAAAAAACGAAGAUUCGUCAAAAUGUACCAAAAAUUACACAAAGUGUGUGGCGAAGUAGGAUACUUUAACGUGAACUUUUGGAAAUAUGAAACCAGUAAUAGCGAAAUGUUGUGGAAAGCCUUGACGGAAAAAGACCGCGAGUUGUUUCCGUUCAACAUGGAGAACCUGUAGUGGAAGAGUUUUUUUGAAAUGUGUUCAAUGUACGCAAGGAUUCAUUUCUUGAAAUAUCCGAUGCAUACUUUACCUCAAGCCAAGCGAAAACAAAAAUGCAUUACAUUCUUAUAUUAUUGUAUUGCUUUAGCACUUGUGUGUGU